AUGCCAAAGUGUUUAGUUGUAGGCUGCAGAAACAGUCACACUAAACAUUCAGCUGAUUGCUCUUUCUUUAAUUUUCCAAGUACACCGGACAGAAUUAAAGAAUGGCUUUUAGCCACAGGUGAUGAAUUUGUCAACAUAGAUGCCGCAAUUCAAUUAAUCAUUGAUAAACAAAAAAGUGAGAUUUUCAAAAUUUGUUCGGACCAUUUUACAGCAGAAAUGAUAGUGAAGUCUGAAAGGAGAACAAGAUUGGUUUUAAUGGCAAAACCAACUAUUUUUGAAAAAGCAAAAGUGUUACAAACUAUACACGAUAUGUCUUUAAGGAGAUCAGAAAACAUUAGUGAUAUAGAUAUGGUUGACUUCAGUGCUCCGUCAGAGGUUGCUUGUAUGCUAACUGAGGACUCCGCAGAAGGCGAGACAUCUAUCUACGAUCAUGAAUAUAUAUCAGGUUUCAAUUACAAAUUGGCUUUAGAUAAAUCAUUUAGGAACAUAGCUACCAACACCACAAAUACUUCCAAAUACUAUGGAAGGCGGAGCAGGUCUACACAAACACAAAAUCUAAUUCAAACAAGAGAUGUAGCCACCAAUAUAAAUACAUAUAAAUAUUAUCAAACAAGGGAUGCCUGGACUUGGACUGGUCCUACAGAAAAAUCGACACAAUACAUUGACAAUUCAUCAAACGCUGCAAUUGUACAUCAAACAGAUGCUAUAAAAAAGGUUUGCACUAAGCCAGCUGAUAUGCCAAUGGAGAAAGGCCUACUGUUAUCCACAAGUUCCCAACAGUCCAUUCCUGUUGAAAAUAUAGAUACGCCAUUCUCCAAAAUUUCAUCAAUUACAAGAGUAUCGGAAAUGGAUGCAACUCUGAAGGUAUCUGAAUUCAAAGAUCCUAUUUACAAUCCUGAAGAAGAAACAACAGAUAUUGGCAAUCUUACAUUUUUAACCGAUCCCUCUCCUGAGGAUUAUGUAUCUGAAAAGAAGUUUAUUGUAUUUGAAACUUCUCUUGAUUUAUUGAUUAAAAAGGUUCAAACAUGUACUUUUCCAGAAACAUGUAACUCUCCGAUAACUAACACUGAAAAAAUUAUAUCCGGCACUUUGUUGAAAGUAUACACUGUCUGUGAAUCGAAUCAUCGUUGUGAAUUUUGGAGCAGCCAGCCUAUGAUUGGGAACCGUUCUUGUGGGAAUUUAUUAGCAAGUGCCUCAAUUUUGUUCAGUGGUUCACACUUUGCUAAAGUUUCUGAACUAUUUGCAAUUUUUGGAGUGUCAUUUAUUUCACAAUCCAUGCAUUACAUAUAUCAAAAACUAUUUUUAUUUCCAAUAAUUGAUCAUCAUUACAAGAAAGAAAGAAGAUUAUUGAUAGAUAGUUUACGUGGAAAAAUGGUAUGUCUUUCAGGAGAUGGGCAAUGUGAUAGCCCUGGAUUUAACGCCAAGUACUGCACGUAUUCACUUUUGGAGGAAAAAUCACAAAAAAUAAUAGAAUGUAACACAAUUCAAGUGAGUGAGGAAAAAUCAUCCAUUGCUAUGGAAUCCCUGGCAUUCAAACGUUGCAUGGACCAAGUAUUAGCUGAUAAAAUUCUAAUUUCUAUUCUCGUAACCAAUCAUCAUGUCAGCAUAAGGAAAAUCAUGAGAGAGAGAUACAAACACAUUAAUCAUCAAUUCGAUAUAUGGCACUAUUGUAGGAGCAUUUAUUUAAAACUUUCAACCAUAUGUCGACAAUCGAUGUACAAGGAAUUGGUUCCGUGGCAAAAUUCUAUAAUAAAUCACAUGUGGGCAGCUUGUUCGUAUAGCAAAGGAAAUCCUGUUUUGUUAAAAGAAAAAUGGCUGUCGGUAAUGCAUCACAUAAUUAAUGAACAUGAAUGGGAGUCUGCGACACUUUUAAAAAAAUGCCAACAUGCUGAAUAUGUGCAAACUCAAGAACAGACAUCAUGGUUGAAAAAAAAUGGAGUGGCAUACUCAAAACUUAGGAGCUUUGUCACAGAUUCAAAAUUAGAGAAAGACUUUCCACAUCUGGUUCAUUUUUGCCACUUGGGCUCACUGGAAGUCUUUCAUAGCCUGGUAUUAAAAUACCGUCCCAAAAGAGUUCAUUUCACGAUGGAUGGGAUGGUAGCCAGGACACAACUGGCUGUUUUGGCACACAACGCCAAUAUAGGCAGAGAACAGGCUACUAUCCACAAAGAACAAGAAGGCAGUGGACACAUUGGGGACUUGCGCUUCAAACCGUUUUUCUCUAAAAGGAGUAAAAAUUGGAACAUACAUGAAAAAACAACUAUUGUCCAUAUAUACCCAAUGAUGGCUGAUGUGCUACGAAUAGCCUCAGGUGACUUACAAGUUAAUUGGGAGUCUCAAACAGGGCAACUUCCAAGAAACAUUGCAUCAACACCUCGCCCAUCAACGGAGGAAAUGGUUGACCAUCACCUUUCACAUUUACGUCCAAGAAGACUUUAA